CUUCCUAGGGAGUGGUGCGUUGUGACAUGAUUCUAGGGAUGCCAAAGAAUAGCUCCUCCUUCCCCCAGAAACAUCAAGUUGCAAAGCUGAUUCUGGGAGGCAAGGUCUCUCAUCUGGCUUAUCGCGCUAAGAAAACGCUGUCGGUCUCAAGGCUACAAAUCACAGCGAUUAUUUCAGGAAUUCGAUAUAUUUCUCGCAUAUGUUCACAAUGAUGGCUAUAGCAUAUCACAAGUAUGCAGUCAGUGAGACUGGAAACCAUAACCUAUGGCUGGUCCAUGUUAACAUUGCCCAAAAGACAAAGACAAGGAUAUGUCUUGUCCUGGUGGCCGUCUUCACUAUUCUUGGCAGAGGCAUUGUUGAUGUAACAGUCUCAUAUCUGAACCAGGCUGUCGGGUUUUUCUAUAGCUCUCGCGAGAUUUUUGCUCUUUUUAGAGGGCCCGAUUUCAAAAUUAGGUGUCAGCUCAGUUGUGUUUGCACUGCAUUGAUGAUCGACACAUGGUGUCAAUCUAGACAAUAUAUGUCUCAGUCUUGUCCAAGGUUACAGAAGCCAGAGAACUUGGAUAUAGUGGACACGCCAUAGCUUUGAGGACUGUAUCUCCGUAUUGUUUGGACCUAGCACUCACAGACGCAUUCAAU